AGUGUAUCGUGGGAGGUGAUUGUGUCAACAUCUUUUGUAGCGUCCUCACUACACUACACGGGAUACCUGUUGAUUGUAGUUGGUUCAGUGCUAACUGGUGGGUGAGUGACUGGUUUGGUGGAAUAAACUAGAGCUAAGUUAAUCACCACCUGCCAACCCUAUGUCCUGACUGGUAACACCUGGUUACAGCUGUACGGUGAGACCCCUCAUUCAAGAUAGUGUCAAGUUCAAGGAAGUAUCGCAUCAGUCAUCAAGAUGCCGAAACCGGUAAAUGUUCGGGUUACCACCAUGGAUGCGGAGCUGGAGUUUGCAAUCCAGCCCAACACGACCGGCAAGCAGUUGUUUGACCAGGUGGUGAAAACCAUUGGCCUUAGAGAGAUUUGGUUCUUUGGCCUGCAAUAUGUUGACUCCAAAGGAUACACCACAUGGCUGAAGCUCAAUAAACGGACUUUAUCCUGGCGUAUUGGAUACUACUUGUGGCGAUUCCCAAGGACUAAAUUCAAAACAAAGUUUAACAUUCACUGGGUUUUAUCCCAAGAUGUGAAAAAGGAAACUCCACUCCAGUUUAAAUUCAGAGCUAAAUUCUAUCCAGAGGAUGUGGCAGAGGAAAUCAUCCAAGAUAUCACACUGAGGUUGUUCUAUCUACAAGUUAAGAAUGCUAUCCUCAGUGAUGAAAUUUACUGCCCUCCUGAAACAUCUGUUCUACUGGCUUCAUAUGCAGUCCAAGCCAAAUAUGGUGACCAGAGCUCUGACAUUCAUAAGUCAUUGACAAAUGACCACCGACUUUUGCCACAGCGUGUAAUGGACCAACACAAACUAACACGGGAGGAAUGGGAAGAGAGGAUCAUCACCUGGUACCAUGAACACAAAGGAAUGCUCAGAGAAGAUGCUAUGAUGGAGUACCUUAAGCUGGCUCAAGACUUGGAAAUGUAUGGAGUAAAUUACUUUGAUAUAAAGAACAAGAAGGGUACAGAGCUGUGGUUGGGGGUGGAUGCUCUUGGCCUUAAUAUAUAUGAAAAAGAUGACAAAUUAACUCCAAAAAUUGGUUUCCCUUGGUGUGAAAUUCGAAACAUAUCCUUCAAUGAUAGAAAAUUUGUUAUCAAACCCAUUGACAAGAAAGCUCCUGAUUUUGUAUUCUUUGCACCACGCUUACGCAUCAAUAAGCGCAUCUUGGCACUGUGUAUGGGAAAUCAUGAACUAUAUAUGCGCCGCCGAAAGCCAGAUACUAUUGAAGUUCAGCAAAUGAAGGCGCAGGCUCGUGAGGAAAAGUUGGCCAAACAGCAGGAGAGAGAAAAAUUAGCUCGUGAAAUUGCUCUUCGUGAAGAAGCAGAGCGGAAACAAAAAGAAUAUGAAGAACGCUUGAAAUCUAUGCAGGAGGAUAUGGAACGACGUCAAAAGGAACUUCUUGAUGCCCAAGAAACAAUCAGACGUCUAGAAGAGCAACUUAGGCAGUUGCAGGCAGCCAAGGAAGAACUAGAGGCCAAGCAGACAGAACUACAUGAUAUGAUGGUGCGCCUAGAACAAGCCAAGGAAAUGGAGGCUGAGGAAAAAAUGAAACUGGAGGAGGAGAUCCGUACCAAACAAGAAGAAGUUCAGCGAAUCCAGGAAGAGGUUAACUUGAAGGAUGAAGAGACUAGGAAACUACAGAUCCUGAAGCAAGAACUGCAUGAGGGACAACCACGAGUAGGUGUAGGUGGUAAGGAAGAAGUUGAAGAGGUCCGUCGCAAACAAGAAGAAGCUAGUGCUGCCUUAAUUGCAGCUACAUCAACGCCUCAGCAUCUUAAUAUUGCUGAGCAAGAAGACACAGAAGAAAAUGAUGAUAUUCCCAAUGGGGACAUAUCAAAAGAACUUUACACUAGUGAUGAGCCUAUUGAAGACCCCAUAGAGGAAAGGAGGACUCUAGCUGAACGGAAUGAGCGACUACAGAAUCAGCUGAAGGCACUAAAGCAUGAUCUUGAAUCUACGAGGGAUACUGAAAAGGAGACAACAAUGGACAAGAUUCAUAAGGAGAAUGUACGGCAGGGAAGAGACAAGUACAAGACACUGAGGGAAAUUCGCAAAGGCAACACAAAACGACGAGUAGAUCAGUUUGAAAAUUUGUAAGCAUGACAAACCACCCAAACUUCACGAACUCAUAUAAAUAACUACACAGUCACAGAUAUACACACAGCCACAAAGAUCUUAGAAUCCAUUUCCUUUAUAUAAGAGUAAAGUGGAACAAGCUGGACAUGAAUACAAUAGAUGUAUUCAAUACAGGUUCAUAAAUACUGUAUAACUAAAUCACAUCAUUCAAUCAAAAGUUAAGAGGCAGGUCAAAGAGCUGGCAUGCUACUCCUGCAUUAAUAAAUAAUUGCACAUGCAGUAACAUACAGCUAGGUUCAUUAAAUGCAUGUACACACACAUACACAUGCCUAUUCUGUAGAAAUCAUCUCUUCAGUUCUUUGCCUACAUUUUACAGGAAACACUGAAAAAUUGUGCUUUGUAAAAAAAAUUAAACUUAUUAGAUAAAAUUGCAAAAUUAUAGUCAGUCAACAUUAAGAAGACUUAGAGUCCAGUUUUAUAGAUUGGUAAUUUAAUUAAUAUUUUUUCACUACAUUGGCAGUCUCCCAUAAAGAUAGGAUGACAGAAAAAAAAAGGAAAAAUUUACCAUUCAUUAAUUGUCUUGCCAGAAGUGUGUAGACAUCACAAUUAAAAAAUGCCCUCCAAACUGUAACAUCCCAGUGCAGGCAAUGUACUUCCCACCUCCAGGUCUCAAGUCUGAAAUGUAUAUAUAGAGCAGGUUCCAUUAGCUCGUAUCUAGGGACAUUUUUGUCUCGAUUUUGUAUGAAAAUUUAUUGUUACAACAUUCUAGAUUAUUUAGAUGUAUAUAUAUAUUUUUUUUUAAUUAGUGACAAAAGCACUUUAGUGUGAGCAAUGUGAUAUAAACCAUUUCAGAUGGUGCUGAACCAUACAAAGCAGUCUUACACAAUUCAUGCCAUGAAAUUUGGUAACAAACCUUCAUUCCUGUUUUUCAGUAACUUGAGUCUUAGGUUUGAGUAGCUGCAUAUUAUUGAUAUUUUUGUAAAACCAGCACAAUGAUUUCAUUGUACUGCUUUUUUUUUUCCCCAAGCCUUACUUCUCUCGCAGUUUAUAUAGGUAAAGAAAUGAAGCUAGAAUAAGAUUUUUACACUUAAUGCUCUGGAUGGUAAAGUAAGGCCAAGCAUUGUUAUGAAUGUAAAUAUAUGUUGGUUGAUGGGUAGUCUAUUUUGAAUAUUGAAAUUUGUAUUCCUACCAUCUAAGUAUAGGCCACCUUUUAGUGUUGUACAGCUUGAUUUCCCUGAGAAGAUCUGAUACAGUGGUGUAGAUCUGGUCUUUUAAUGUUUUUAUAUAUAUAUUUAUAUAGUUCUGGCAGGGGAAGGGAGUAUGAUGCAAAAUAUUUGUUCCUACACAGGUCUUCCCAGCAUUUUUAGUUUGUUUGGUUCUUGAUGUAUUCAGAAUAGUAACCUUAUCAAUUUUGAAUGGUGUAAAUGGUAGCAUAUUGGAUAAUGUCUUUAGAAAUACUGAAAUCUCUUGAAAACUUGUAAGGAAACAAGCCAAUUAUUUUCUUGUGUUUGAAGAGGUCUGAGGGGUAAUUAUAAACUUUUUCUAAUAAAAUUAUGUGAAAGGAAACAAAAUAUUACAAAGAUUUAGCCAAAACAAUGCUUUCUUGCUUUUUCAAGAUUGUAUGUGCUGCCAGUGCCUAUGCAACAGCCUUCCUUCUUUACUGUCCUAGGUCUUCCUGUACGUGCUUACUUUUGUCUUGGCAGAAUCAUAUUUUUUCUUGCCCUUGUAAAUAUCCUGUUAUUAAGGUUCUAAGGUGCUUUGUUUCAAAACAUUAAAUGCAAAAAUUUGGUAAUGCCAAAAAUGCAUACCAUAUAUGAAACUGAAAGUAUACACUUCCAAGUUCAGCAAUAAGUGCACAAGAUUUUGAUGUAUGUAUUUCUUCAGUGUCUUGUAUUUUCAGUUUUUUCUGUGCACAAUUACUUUUCUGGAUGACCCUUUUGGGUUUAGCACUUUUGAUUAUAUUAUUUUUCUGGAGAUAUAUAUAAUAUUACAGAUUAAAAUAUUCCUAAGCACCUAGGACUGGUAGUCACCCAAUUCAUAUUUAAAUUUUUUGUUAUAAUAAAUAUAAUGUUAAUAUCAGUGCAUUAUCUUAUAGUUGUAUUAGCCAAAAUAUUUAUGAACUCUUGUAACAAUAAAUCAAAAUGUUUAAAACUA